UUCUUUUUUUAACACGGCUUACUCCAUUUCCGGUUGUGAAUCGUGCAGAAGAUUUUUUCCUAAAAACAUCAAAUGGUUUAGAAAACCUGACAGUUGCUCGUAGAUCGAUUUAUUCUUGCAGUGAGAAUAGUAUUUUACUAAAGGAUUUUUCUCAGUAAUGGUGAACCUGAAAGUCCUCUUCUUGCAUCCAGAUCUUGGAAUAGGUGGAGCUGAGAGGGCAGUCAUAGAUGCUGCUCUAGCCCUGAAAUCAGAAGGUCAUCAAGUUCACUUUGUGACUUCACACCAUGACAUAAAUCAUUGUUUUGAAGAAACAAGGGAUGGAACUCUGUCUGUAACAACAGUGGGUGAUUGGCUACCCAGGGGAAUUUUUGGCAGAUGUCAGGCAUUGUGUGCCUACUUGAGAAUGUUGUAUGCAGCAUUAUUUGUGGUGUUCUCCCCUCCAAUUGAGUAUGAUGUUAUCUUCUGUGACCAGAUAUCAGCAUGUAUAUAUAUUUUAAAACUAUUUAAUGCCAGAGUGUUAUUUUACUGUCAUUUCCCUGACAUGCUUCUAACAAAGAGAGAAAGUCUGCUAAAGAAAUGGUACAGAGCUCCUAUUGACUGGUUAGAAGAAAAAACUACUGGAAUGGCUGAUUGUGUCCUUGUAAACAGUAAAUUUACUGCUGGUAUAUUUAAUGAAACCUUUAAGUCUUUAACAUCUGUAAAUCCAAAGGUCUUGUACCCAAUACCAAACUUUAAAGCCUUAGACCAGCCAUUGGAAACAUCUGCUGAUAUAAUACCUCCAAAUAAAACAACAAUAUUCCUGUCAAUUAACAGAUAUGAGAGGAAGAAGAAUCUCAACCUAGCAGUAGAAUCAUUUGGCAUGCUACAGAAGAAGCUAGGAAACAAUAAAGGUGUACAUUUAAUAAUGGCAGGAGGUUACGAUGAAAGAGUAUUGGAGAAUAAAGAACAUUACCUUGAAUUAAUGGAGCUUGUUCAUAAAUUAGGUCUUGAGGAUCAUGUAACCUUUUUAAGAUCAUUUAGCGAUUCAGAUAAAAGAACACUGCUUUCAAAUUGUACAUGCCUUCUAUAUACACCAGACAAGGAACAUUUUGGUAUAGUGCCAGUUGAAGCUAUGUACAUGCAGUGUCCUGUGAUAGCUGUUAAAAGUGGUGGGCCAUUGGAGACCAUAGAGGAUGGGACAACUGGAUUUUUAUGUCCUCCAGAACCAGAGCACUUUGUGGAAGCAAUGGAAAAAUUUGUAUCUGACAAGUCCUUACGUAAAAAAAUGGGAAGUGCUGGACGUAAACGAGUUGAAGAAAGAUUUUCUUUUGGUACAUUUACAAAAGAAUUGAAUAGUGUAAUAGAAAAGGUUCACAAUGGGAGAUCUAGUAAUUCAAGUGUUUUAUUGUUUACUUUAGGUUUGGCUUUACUUAUUAAUAUUUGUUUUGCUGUUUUGUAUGUAUGUAUCUUUUGAUCUGACAUAGUUUUCUUAUAGGAGGUUAAAUUGGUUUUUUUUACGUAAAAAAUAAAAAAAAUUACAAUAACA